AUGUCAUUACCUGAUUACACUGUUUCAGAUUAUGCUAAAUUCGCCUUAGCUGGUGCCAUGGGAUGUGGUGUCACUCACGGUGCUAUGACUCCAAUUGAUGUCAUCAAAACCAGAAUUCAAUUAGAACCUACCGUUUACAACACUGGUAUGGUUGGUUCAUUCAAAAAAAUCGUUGGUGCUGAAGGUGUUGGUGCUUUAUUAACUGGUUUAGGUCCAACUAUCUUAGGUUACUCAUUACAAGGUGCUUUCAAAUUCGGUGGUUACGAAUUAUUCAAAAAGACCUUCAUUGAAUACUUAGGUUUAGAUACUGCUAGACAAUACAAAGAUGCCAUUUACAUUGGUUCAUCUGCUUUAGCUGAAUUCUUUGCUGAUAUUGCUUUAUGUCCAUUAGAAGCUACCAGAAUCAGAUUAGUUUCUCAACCAACUUUUGCUAACGGUUUAGUUGGUGGUUUCUCAAGAAUCUUCAAAGAAGAAGGUGUUGGUUCAUUCUACAAUGGUUUCACCCCAAUCUUAUUCAAACAAAUUCCUUAUAAUAUUGCUAAAUUCUUAGUCUUCGAAAGAGCUGCUGAAGCUAUUUACGGUUCAAUGGCCACUCCAAAAUCAGAAUUAUCUUCAGGUGCUAAAACCGGUGUUGAUUUAGGUGCUGGUAUCAUUGCCGGUUGUACUGCUGCUUUCGUUUCUCAACCUGCUGAUACUUUAUUGUCUAAAGUUAACAAAACUAAAAAAGCUCCAGGUCAAUCUACUUUAGGUUUAUUAGCUCAAUUAGCUGGUCAAUUAGGUAUUAAAGGUUCAUUCGCCGGUUUACCAACCAGAUUAAUUAUGGUCGGUACUUUAACCUCUUUACAAUUUACCAUCUAUGGUCAAAUUAAAACCGCUUUAAACUGUCCUCCAGCUGUUGCUUUAUAG